CAAAGAUUGUAUUAAGGAUGAACCUAUCCCGAACCUGAUUCCUGGAACUGCAGACCAGAAUGCAAUGAAAAAGUACAUCUUGUAGCUAACUAUAUGCAGACCAGAAAUGGAAUCCUCCACACCAGAACAUGGCUUCCUGUAACGCCUGGAACUGCAGACCAGAAUGCAAUGAAAAAGUACAUCUUGUAGCUAACUAUAUGCAGACCAGAAAUGGAAUCCUCCACACCAGAACAUGGCUUCCUGUAACGCCUGUAACUUCAGACCAGACAUGGAUGGGAAAAAUACAGACUGACAAAGAUUGUAUUAAGGAUGAACCUAUCCCGAACCUGAUUCCUGGAACUGCAGACCAGAAUGCAAUGAAAAAGUACAUCUUGUAGCUAACUAUAUGCAGACCAGAAAUGGAAUCCUCCACACCAGAACAUGGCUUCCUGUAACGCCUGUAACUUCAGACCAGACAUGGAUGGGAAAAAUACAGACUGUAGCUAACAACUAUAUGCAGACCAGAAAUGGAAUCCUCCACACCAGAACAUGGCUUCCUGUAACGCCUGGAACUGCAGACCAGAAUGCAAUGAAAAAGUACAUCUUGUAGCUAACUAUAUGCAGACCAGAAAUGGAAUCCUCCACACCAGAACAUGGCUUCCUGUAACGCCUGGAACUGCAGACCAGAAUGCAAUGAAAAAGUACAUCUUGUAGCUAACUAUAUGCAGACCAGAAAUGGAAUCCUCCACACCAGAACAUGGCUUCCUGUAACGCCUGUAACUUCAGACCAGACAUGGAUGGGAAAAAUACAGACUGUAGCUAACAACUGGAACUGCAGACCAGAAUGCAAUGAAAAAGUACAUCUUGUAGCUAACUAUAUGCAGACCAGAAAUGGAAUCCUCCACACCAGAACAUGGCUUCCUGUAACGCCUGUAACUUCAGACCAGACAUGGAUGGGAAAAAUACAGACUGUAGCUAACAACUAUAUGCAGACCAGAAAUGGAAUCCUCCACACCAGAACAUGGCUUCCUGUAACGCCUGUAACUUCAGACCAGACAUGGAUGGGAAAAAUACAGACUGUAGCUAACAACUAUAUGCAGACCAGAAAUGGAAUCCUCCACACCAGAACAUGGCUUCCUGUAACGCCUGUAACUUCAGACCAGACAUGGAUGGGAAAAAUACAGACUGUAGCUAACAACUAUAUGCAGACCAGAAAUGGAAUCCUCCACACCAGAACAUGGCUUCCUGUAACGCCUGUAACUUCAGACCAGACAUGGAUGGGAAAAAUACAGACUGUAGCUAACAACUAUAUGCAGACCAGAAAUGGAAUCCUCCACACCAGAACAUGGCUUCCUGUAACGCCUGUAACUUCAGACCAGACAUGGAUGGGAAAAAUACAGACUGUAGCUAACAACUGCUAGGGCACUGCUAGUCGUGACUCCAUCCUUCCAAAUUGUCUCGUUGACUAGCGACGCCUGGGCUUCAGAGGUUGGGGGACAGCAGACCAGAAAAGGACACAGUGUUACACUUUAAGAAUGCAUUUUGUGAAGUUGUUGCAAGAUUGUAUUUAGGAUGACACUAUCCCGAACAUGAUUGACAACACUGUCAGACUUGACUUCUGAAAUGCAAUUUGCAACCAAAUGUGUUAGCAGGAUUAUGGGGAGAAUAGCUUUAUAAAGGUUGUAACAACUUGUUUUCUUUCAUUUAUUUAAUUCCUAGUGACUGUCUUCGCAAGGGUCAUUGUGAUCUUUAUCAUACAAUGGAGCUGGCCAUCACUAGCAAUGUGGAGACCGCAUUAUUGCCUUUUCAUUUACAAAGCUCUAAAUUGGAACUGAGCUACCCUAGGACAAAGUUUGUUAUAUUGACUGUAUUGAUUUGUGGAGUAACUGGAUGUUUGAAUUUAAUAAAGAUAAU